AUGCUUCGUUUACCAUUUCUCAGACGCUUAAAAUGGAACGAAUAUGUAUCUCUCUUUCUGGGGUUUUUAUUUGUUAUGUUUGAGAAAUUGCUUUCGGGUGUUGUGUUUGCAAUUCACUUCACACUUGGGUCUGUAUGGAAGAAAUUUUAUAGAGAAUGGACAAAACGAUAUCCGGAAAAGCCUGCGACCCCGUUUGUUGAACGAGCUCGGGCCAUUCACGAUGCAGAUGAUAUUCGUCAGAUGUGCAGUAUUUCUGGAUACAACGUUGAGGAACACCUUGUAAGGACUCAAGAUGAUUACAUUCUUUGUAUUCAUAGAAUAUCAAAGGACAGUCCUGGAAAAAUAGGCAUGUCAAUUCCUAAAAGGCUACCCGUCGUAUACUGCCAUCAUGGACUAUUGAUGAAUUCCGAAGUGUGGGCUUGUAACAUUGAUCCGGACAACUGUUUAAUAUAUCAACUUGUUAAUGAAGGAUAUGACGUUUGGCUUGGGAAUAACAGGGGAAAUAAGUACAGUCGGCAGCAUCUCCGGUUUGACUCUACAGAUCUCGACUUUUGGAAUUUUAGCAUUGAUGACUUUGCUCACUACGACAUUCCCGACACUAUUGAUUACAUUUUGAAUACUUCUGAGCAAAAGCAGCUAACUUAUAUUGGAUUUUCUCAAGGAAGCGCACAAGCAUUUGCCGCACUAAGUGUUCAGCCUCUGUUAAAUGAAAAAGUGAAUUGUUUCAUAGCGUUGGCACCCGCAAUGAGUCCCAAUGGAUUGCACAAUCAGAUUGUUGAUGCCUUUGUAAAGGCACGACCCUCUAUUUUAUUUUUCCUCUUUGGUCGGAAGUCCAUCCUACCGUCGGCUGGCUUUUGGCAAAGCAUACUACCAAGCGCACUUUUUAAUCGUGUAUUGUCUUUCUGUCUUCUACAGUUGUUUAACUGGAGCUGUGCUGCUAUAUCACCGUUGCAGCGACAUGCGUCAUUUGCUCAUUUGUAUUCGUAUACAAGCGUAAAGUGCCUUGUCCAUUGGUUUCAAAUCAUGCGCUGUGCAGAGUUUCGAAUGUACGACAAUGAUCAGAUUGCCCAUGACUACUUUUCCAAGCAUUAUAGAGCUGCCCGAUUUCCGACGAAGAAUAUCCGUACUCCCAUUCUGUUGUUUUGGGGCGAUUCAGAUUCCUUGGUAGAUAUCCAAUCCAUGCUGAACUCUCUACCUCCAAUGGCUGAGCAGAUUAGGAUCCUGGGGUAUGAGCAUUUGGAUAUGAUAUGGGCAGAUACGACUCAUAUGUAUGUAAAUCCUCUAGUAUUGGAGCGGCUUGGUGUGAUUUAUGCUGGCUCGCGCUCAAAAGAAAGUGCUAAAGAAAAGGCUACCGAAUUUCAGAGCCUACGAACUCAAAAGCAGUACGAAGGAGACGAGGAUUAUGAAGAAGAGAAGGCCGAGGAAGACAAAAAGGUGGAUACACGCUCAAAACGUGGUAAGAAAAGGCAGAAAAAAUGGGGAUGGAAUUUGAAUGAAGAGGAUUCGAAAAAGACAUACCAAUCAAACGUAGACCCUACUAUUUGA